AUGAUUGCUCUCCGCCACGCGUGGGAAAAACCUCUCCUCACACACCGUAUGCUCACGAGGGCGGCGGCUACCGGCGCUGCGGUGCGGUUGAGCAAGGAUAUCCUCCAGACCAAGACGCCAACGGCCAAGAAUCUCGCCAAAUUGGGCUUAUGGACCACACAGGCCGACCGAGUGAAGGAAAUCAAGGCCGCUAAGAAAGCACCGAAAGGAAAGGCCAAGGAACAUGUGAAGAAGCCGCGCGGCGACAAGGCCCGCGUCAACGUCGUCAGCGAGGAGCUCUGCGAUGACAUCAUCAAAUACAUUGGCCCGACGCUCGAGCGCCAUCGCGGCUGCGACCUCGUCGACAUCAACCCCGGCGCCGGCGUCUGGAGCACCAAGCUCCAUGACUUCCUCCAACCGCGCUCCCACAUCCUCAUGGAACCCGACGAAGACCUCUACCGGCCUUUCCUCGAACCCCUCAUCCAAAGACCCGACACGCAGCUGCUGCCACAGUCCGGCAUCCUGUGGAAGGAGCUCAACGAGGCGCUGGGUCACAUCAAGAACCAGACCCCGCGGCCGCGUGACCCCGCCACCGUGCCGGAGCGUAACGACACCCUCCUCCUGACGGCCAACCUGGCCUUCUACCCGAAGAAGCGCUACCGCACCUUCGACUCGGUGGCGCAGCUCGUCAUCUACCAGCUCAUAAGCAGCAUCCGCAACGGCAACCUCUUCCAGAAAUACGGUCUCGUGCGCAUGCUCAUCUGGACGGGCCCCGACGAGCAGUACACCUUCCUGGCCAAGACCGUCCAGGGCCGCAAGAAGUCGGUGCUCGACGCCGAGUUUGCGUGCGAGUGGCUCGCCGAGGUCGCCAGCCGGGACAUGAUGCUCGACAUCAAGCCCGAAGCCCGGUUUGUGCGCGACCGGUGGAUCGACAUCGACAGCGCGCGAGACACGAUGGCGAGGAUGAAGGCGAGCGGUAUCGUCAUUCCCGAGGGCCGGAAGCAUAGCAUGACGAAGCGGCUCCAGGAGGAAGCCGCCGCCUACGACGGGCCGCAAGCAGGCGUGCAGGUGCCGUACCUGCACCGGCCGUACUUCGCCGAGAUCGAGGAGCUCAAGCAGGCGUCCCGCGACGGACCCCUCGACUCAAAGAGGCGGAGCCGCCUCCAGUUCCUGUCACACCAGGCGGAGCGCCUCGAGGAGUAUCUCGUGAAACACCGGGACCUCCUGGAGGAGAUGAAGGUGACUGCUCGGCUGCGCCAGAGCAUCGACAACGGCGACCGCGACGGCGACAAGGCGGCCGCCGAGGCCGAGUUCGUGGCGCGCGACCGGGCGUUGAAUGAAAAAGUCGGGGCGCUCGGCAAGAACCUCUCAAUCGACUUCCGGGCCAUCCGCGACAAUCUGCACGUCUUCCGGCAGAACUCGUCGGCGCUGCUCUGGGACCGGCGGCCGUACGAGCCGCUGGCGGUGCGGGCGGACGAGUUCUUCCCCAACGCCGAGUGCACGCUGCUCGACAUCCAGCCCAAGGCGAUGCACCCGCUGCUCCGGCAGACGGGGCCCGGCACGUCACGGGCGGGCGACGCCUUUGAGAUGCUGCAGCGGUCCAUGUUCAGCGCCAGCAACGACCCGAUCAGCCGGUCCGUCGAGCGCAUCUGGCCCGGCGCGGCCGAGGGGGUGCUGCCGAACUGCCCAAGCCUGCGGGACCCGGCGCAGGGCGGCUUGCCGGGGACGGGCCACGGCGAGAUUUGCGCGCGGGUGCUCAACGAGAAGCAGUGGACGGAGCUGCUCGAGGCCUUCAUGGCGUGGCCCUUUCGGCCGUCGUACCAGCAGCUGAUCGGGCGACUGGCGGACGACUUCGAGCCCGCCGGCGACGACGACCACAACGGGGCCGGCAGCAGCCUUUCGGCCGAGAGCGUCCUGUCAUAG